AUGGCGGCGCCGGGGACGGAGGCGGCGGCGGGGCCGGGCCCGGGCCCGGGGCAGGUUUCCAGCAGUAACGGCGCUGCCGGCACCGGUACCGGCGCUGGCCCCGAGAGCCCUCAGGGGCAGCAGCAGCAGCAGCAGCCGGCACCGAACGCCUGGCAGGUGGUGAAGGGCGUCCUGUUCAGGAUUUUCAUCAUCUGGGCCAUCUCCAGCUGGUUCCGGAGAGCGCCGGCAACGCAGGAGAGCAGCGGGAACGGGGGCAGCGCCCGCAGCCCCAGCAGGAACCUGUUCCCCAAGGACACCCUGAUGGAUCUCUACGUUUACAUCUCGGAGCACGAGCACUUUACGGAUUUCAACGUCAGCUCCGCCCUUUUCUGGGAAAAACGGGAUUUGGUCUACGGGGACUGGACCAGCGGAGAGAACUCGGACGGAUGCUACGAGCACUACGGGGAGGUGGACAUCUCCCAGAGCGUGCAGAGGAACGGCUCCAUCUACGUCCACGUUUACUUCACCAAGAGCGGCUUCCACCCCGACCCGCGGCAGAAGAGCCUCUACCGGCGCCUGGCCACCGUGCACACCUCCAGGAUGAUCAACAAAUACAAACGGAGGCGAUUCCAGAAAACCAAAAAUCUCCUGACGGGGGAGACCGAGGCCGACCCCGAGAUGAUCAAGAGGGCCGAGGAUUUCGGGCCGGUCGAGGUCAUUUCCCACUGGCACCCAAACCUGACCAUCAACAUGGUGGACGACCACACGCCCUGGGUCAAGGGCAGCGUGCCCCCACCCCUGGACCAGUGUGAGCAGCUGGAAUUCCGACUUUUCCUGGGAAAAAUCCCAUAAAAAUGGAAAUUUCUGAGAAAAAUCCAAAAAUUCCCAUU